UUCAAAACCCUCAUUCAUCAAAAAGAAAUAUUCCCUUAAGUGCAGUAACAGCAGAGCUAGCAUAAGAGAUUCUGAAAGAAAAUGAGAAGCAAAGAACGAAAACCCACAUAUUUUUUGGUGUCAAAACUUCUAAAACCCUGAAAACCCAUUUCACAGAGCCAAAGAUCAGUCCUUUUAUUUCCCGUCUCUCUCUGUUUUACAGUGAGACCAGCUAAAGCCCCCGGAAAAUGCCACUCGAUUGGUGCUGUAUAUUUAUCUUCUUGAUUUUCACCAAUGCAGCUCCGGUAUCCUCCAAAUCCACAAUCGAGCCAUGCUCGAACUCUGAUUCAUGUAAUGCCUUGCUAGGAUACACCCUCUACACCGACCUGAAGGUAGCUGAGGUUGCUUCGCUCUUCCAAGUCGACCCUAUUGCCCUCCUCACAGCUAACACCGUCGACAUCUCAUACCCAGACGUGGAAAACCACAUUCUUCCGUCGCAGCUCUUCCUUAAGAUCCCCAUCACCUGUUCAUGCAUUGAUGGUAUCCGCAAAUCCACCUCCACCAAGUACAAGACUCGCCCCGCCGAUACUCUCACCUCCAUAGCUGAUUCUAUAUUUGGGGGUUUGGUUUCUGCUGACCAGAUUAAGGAGGCUAAUUCGAUACAAGACACGUCCGUUCUUCUCGAUGUCGGGCAGUACCUUGUGGUCCCUCUGCCGUGUACUUGCUUCAAUGGGACGGAUAAUGGGUUGCCUGCCAUCUAUUUGUCGUAUGUAGUUAGGCCGGUGGAUACCUUGGCGGGGAUUGCGGCUAGGUAUUCCACUACAAUUACAGAUUUGAUGAAUGUCAAUGCUAUGGGCAGUACGGUUAUUAACGCUGCUGACAUACUUGCUGUGCCAUUGCCAGCUUGUGCAUCCAAGUUCCCUAGAUAUGCCUCAGACUUUGGCUUGAUUGUGCCAAAUGGGAGCUAUGCAAUUACAGCAAGCCACUGUGUACAAUGCAGUUGUGGACCUGGAAAUCUAAAUUUGUAUUGCAUGCCUGCUUCACUGGCAGCAUCUUGUUCGAGCAUGCAAUGCAGGAAUAGCAACCUCAUGGUUGGGAAUUAUACGGUGCAGCAGAGCAGUGGUGGAUGCAAUGUUACUUACUGCAAUUAUGGUGGUUUUGUGAAUGACACCAUAAUGACUAUGUUGUCCUCAUCCCUUCAGCCGCGAUGCCCAGGUGGGCAGCAAUUUCCUCCACUUGUAGCUCCACCGACUACAGUAAUCAGGGAUACAACAUUUGCUCCAUCACCUGCACCUCAGUCUGAUGGUGCAACACCCAGGACUUCGGUGGUGCCAACGACUAUGUCACUCCCUCAAUCGCCUCCUGCAAAUGGCCCAUCAGGAACUGCGACUGGUGCUGCCUCUUAUGCUGCCUGCUCGGUGAAUGAGUUCAUCACUUCACUAACCACACUUGUGCUAUGCCUGUGUGCCAGCUUCUUAAUCCCCUUCUCGUCGAAAUUCUGAAUAUCGACUUUGUCAAGCAUGGAGGGAGGGAUUUUGUCAUGCAUGUUUACUUUGUCCGAUAGGAUGUUGUAUGUAAACUUUUGGUCUUUAUUUAUGCGGAUAAAUUGAUUUGUGGAUGCCACGGAAUAGGGCGUUUUGGUGUUAUCUUAUACUUUGUUGUACUCAAUUGGAGGUAUUAGGAGUUGCUCUUUUUAUAGCAGAUUCUUGUUUAUCA